AAACAGUCUGGAAAGAAGCGCUGCAUAUAUCUGGGCAAGAUCCAAGAAUAUCUUUCUACUAUUUAUAUCACUACAGAGAUAACUUUGCAAGAUUUAGAAAAUUAUAACAAACAUUAAACGUGCACUGUUGGCGUUGUCUAAAAAUAAUUCAAUCAUUUUAAUUAUACCUUUUAUAAUUUAUACUGCCACGUAUUGGAAUUCUAUUUGUACGUUGAUUUGUAAACACAGUGAGGUCAAACAUUCUCAAGCAGAAUAUGGCAAGUGAGCUUUCAAAAAUUGUGCUUAAGAAAGACGAUUUGACAGAAGUGCAUGUGUACUUGCAUGGUAAGGACUCGCGUUGUGGAAAUAACUAAUGUAAAAAAUAUGGUUUUGUAAAUGAGAGUUCCAAGCAAAAGAUUAUUUUCAAUUUAAAGACCUAAGCAAGAUCAUCUACGAAAAAGUUCUAUCCAGCGAAAUGCCCAAAAAUGUCGAUAUAAAAAAAUAUGGUUCCUCUAUACAAGACUACUGAUCACAAUAAAUAUUAAUUAAAUGAUAAAAAAGCAACUGUACCAAGGGGGUAAAUCCUGGAGGAAAUGGGGGACACAUAGCCCCCAUUUUGAACAUAUUUCAUAAUAUAUGUAGAAUGGAUUGUUGUCCUUCAACUGUACCACUAGGUGCUGUACCAUUUGGUUAACCCAUUGAGUUGCAUUGCACCCUAAGGCACCCUAUUUUAUUAGUAACUUUGUCUAACACCAGAAAAUUUUACUUGUCAGGGAGGGAGUGCUGGUACACAUUGAAUAAAUGUAGAUAAAAGUCAUAAGCCCAUACUUAGACAAGUGUUGAUUAUUGUACAUAGAGUACUCAUGAUUAGUACAAUCAACACUAGCUUAACAGUACUUUUGUAUGUCAUGAUGCUCAUGUCAUUGACACUCUGUCUGGUGAUCCAAUAAUAUUGAUGGUUAAUUGAUACCAAUCUUACAUAGGAGGAACUGUAACAUCAUGGAAAUGUAAAGGCAAAGAAAUAUUAUUUGUCAGGUAGAUAACAAUACAUCUAACACAAUGUCAUUGUGUAUUAAUGUUUUACUAUGUCUACUUGUACAAUGUGUUUAUUUGUGUAAAGUAAUUACUCUACAAUGUACAUGCAUAAUACACCACAGAAUAUGAUAUUUUUCAGUAAGCAAGCAGUGUUCGAUGGUAAAAAAGCAAUAAGAGGUGGAAUACCAGUUGUUUUCCGUAAGUAAAUAAUAAUUUGCAACUAGUUGGUAUAAAUAUGAAUUGGCUAUGUACAUAUACCUAAUAUGACAGUAACAUUAUGGCAAUGUAUAUGAUUAAUUACCAGCAAAUUUUGGUCCGUGGAAAUUGGGACCACAACAUGGCUUUGCAAGGACUGCAACUUGGAAAGUUCACAAACAGCCCGAGAAGGUAAAGUGAUUAAAAUGUCAAUAGAUGCAUAAAUUUAAAGUAUCACAAUAAUAAUAUAAUUAAUCAAUGGCAUUCAAGAGUGCUUUUAAAUCUGGCAUUCAGUGCACUCAAAUCUCUUACUGCCCUGCAUCAGCUGUAUGCUUUUUCAAUUGAUUUUUCUAAUCAACUUUUGGAAAUCCCAAAUCCGCCACAUCGCUCACAAAUAAACAUUAUCCAGCAUGCCUCAUUACCUAGCUCAUUUACGAGUGCGCAUUAUAUAUUAUUUUGAAGCUGGUCACACGUCAAAACACCAUGCAUAUUUCAUUGAAUUUCAAAUCGGGAUUCCCCCCACCUUAUUCAAGUAUCAAUACCAACAGUCAAAAACAUGAUUCGACAUUGACUAGCAAACCAAACCAAAGCAGUACCAACAGUCAAAAACAUGGUUCUUUGACUAACAAACCAAAGUAUGUGAUUUUGGGGUCAAUUUUGUGAAGGCAUACAUUAUUCAUGUUUUGAUAUGUAAUUUGCAUAGGCCAGAAAGAGCAAAACUUCAAAUAAAAUUUUUAAGGGUGAACCAUGCCACAGUAUAUGGAGACAACCAGUAAGGGCCACUCAGGGGAGACAAAAGUGGGAAUUUUUUAAGCUAGGUCCCAGAUCUCUUGUGCGGUCAAAACCAUUUACUUUGUAAUACAAUUUUAUAGAGAACUGCUGCCAUUUUCCGGCUGCCAACCAGUGUAGAAAAUUUGUAUUGUGCGGCAGAUAUCUCCGGCACACAAUUUUGAUGCUUUCUAUUAAUUACUAUUAAAUUUUUGAAAUUUUUGCAAUUUCCAAACUUUCCAGUCAGGGCUGCCAAUAUGUUAAUUAGGUUGGCAGCCAGUAAACAACUUUUUGACCAGUCUGGAAAGUCUGCAAUGCGCAGCCGAGAUCUCGGGUGCGCAGUUUUCGAUGUGCAGUUUCAUAUCUCGGAUGCACAACUUCCAAACUUUCCAUUCUGGCUUUUUGAUGCUGAGUGGCCCUAUACUGUUGCUUCCCUAUACUGUGACCAUGCCUAGGCAUAAAUGUUAUUAACUAACUACAACUAUAAUAAAACACUGACCUCAUACUUGAACAUCCAGGUUCUUAUACAAUUCUCCACUGCACCAUUUAAAUGCUUCUUUAUUCUUGUAUUAAAUGUGUUAAUGUGCUACUUUAUCAAUCCCUGUAUAUUGAAAUUUUAAAAUGAAUACCUUGUAAUUUGAACUAAACUUACUACAGCAGUAAAAAUCAGAACCGUGCAAGCACAAUGAUACGUUUGUAAUUGCAACACGUGUAUAAAUAUAUACCUACAUUUAUAACUGCGCAAAUUGCCAAAUUCCAUCCCCAUUUCAACGUUUAUAAAUCGAGCAUUUUAAAAGAAAUAAAUACAACCAAGUGUUGUUUCGACAAUUCAGCAACGUUUCUUGUCCGUUUCGCGUCCAAAACAACGAUUUAUAGUUUCACACGGACAUUUCAACUUGAAGCCAUUUUGAAUAUUUGAAAUAUUUUCCCGCCACUACAUUUAACCGAGAGAGGAUUGGCACUAUCGCUAGUUUUUUCCCGCUCGCCGAUUUUCGUUAAUUUUGGCUUACCACUGAUCUUACACAUAGCCUGGAUAGCGUUGCGGUAUACUCUGUUGUUUGUGGUGUUACUCUGAGUGUGCAUCCACACCGGGCAAGCUGAAAGGUUUGCCUGACCACGGUGGGAAUCAAACGCACGACCUUUGGGAUAUUAGUCCAGCUUUCCAUGUUUAGUAGUAGCAAUGAGUAGAUCUUUAGCUUCUAGCUUGUCAAGUGCAGUACUCAACUAUGACAUAUAUUGCCCUACAUCAAACAUAUAAAGAAUGAACGUGUCGCUAUGGCCCAUCUAUAGUUAUGUUUCUAUAUAAAGUCUUUUACGAAACGUUUGUUUCAUUUUUUCCACUUCAAGGACAAGGACGGAAACAUUGUUGCAGUUCUUCUUUUGGAGGACACGGAAGAGACAAGAAAAAUUUGGAAUCAUAAGUAUGUUUGAGAAUUGUAUCCACAACAAAGCAAAAAUUUUCACAAAAAAAUUUGAAAUAUUUUAUUCCGCUCUGCGUUUUAGUUUCAAAUUCUGGUACACGUUAACGCUGAAAAACUGUGAAUUUUCCAUGGAAGUAAAUAUUCAAAAUACAGGUUGGUUUAAUGGACAGCUGUGCUUCGACGUAUGUUACAUAAUGAUCUCUCAAACGUAGUAGCUGGGGCAGACAACAUAUUUUGUGCUAUAUUCUUCAGUUUAUAUGUUAUCACAGGUGCAGAAGAUUUCGAGUUUACAUCUCUUCUUCACACAUACUACAACGUUGAUAUUGAGAAAGCAAAACUGCAAGGGCUUCAAGGCUGCGAUUUUCUGGACAAGGUAAAGUUAGUAAAAUAAAAAGAAAGGUAUUUUUUCUUAAAACCUGGUAGAAAAAUAAACAAGACAAGAAUAUUUCUCACUUUAGGUAAAUGGCGGGGAACAUAAAGAAGAGAACGAAUUUCUUCAAAUUUCCGCAAAUGUCGACAGGUAUAUGAGCUUUUGGAACUUGGACAAUAAAUCAUUUUGAACUUUGAAGUUUCUAUGAAGUGCUAAUUGUUGUGAUUCAUUACUUAUAGUGUUUACAAACAAACACCCAACGAACUCAAGUUGCUCACUGGAAAUCAUAACAUCAGAAUUACCAAGGAGAAUUUUCCUGAUACAGGUGGAAGAAUUAUUUAUGCUUCUUCAUUCCAGUGUUUUCGUAACAGUUUUCUCGUAACGUCCGCCAUAUCGUCUCUCAGAUUUAACAAAUAACAAUUCAUUUAUAUAAAUGUUUCAUUUUCCAGUUGUUUGGAAUCCUUGGUUUGAGAAAGCGAAACAAAUGUCUGAUUUUGGAGACAAUGAGGUGAAGAAAUGUUUUUUUUAUAUGCCAAACUCCAGAAUACAAUAACGUAAACUACACACGUAAAAAUCUCACAACUUGUCAAAAAAAUGUGUUUGAAGACUUGUAGAAAGCUUGUGUAACAAUGCUGUUAUUUCAUUAAGUUGCCACAAGGUUGUCACUUGGUUGUGGCUUGGAACAGCAUUGCUACAAGUCUGCUGCAGGGUUUGUUACAACUUGUACCGUUUUUACGUUUGUACUUGGAAAAAAGUUAAGAAAACUUCCACGCCUGAAAUGAAGACCGCCAUCAGGAGAAUAGUAUCCGAACUGCUUCUUUUGUACGAAACUGCUCUUCACCCGAAAUAUCGAAGAGUUUUCGAUCUUUUCACAGUCCAGUUAGUUUCACGAUAUUUUAUUAUCUUCGAUAUCUUCUUCUUUAUUUAGUAUCAAGACAUGAUCUGUGUUGAGCCUGGCUUUGUAGCUGCUCCAUGUAAACUUCAACCAAAUGAAACAUUCACAGCCAAACAAAUAUUGACCUGUCUGUGCUAGAAAACACUUCCUAUAUAUAACACAUUAUUCAAGAAUCCUGAUCAUAAAUUGGAGGAAUACAAAACCAUGACCAAAACGCA